AUGGGUCUUCAAGACAGGAAACCAUUCUUCUGCACUCUUAUUACGUUAGCCCUUAUUGCAAUCACAAAACUCUUGCAUUCUUACUUUUCCAUACCUUUCCCUCCAACCUAUCUUUCAAUUGCUGGUGCCACCAUCAUCUUUGGUCUCAUCCUAUACUUGUUCUCCUCAAGUGCACAUUCUAGCAAGCUCCCUCCAUGUCCUUUCUCUGUCCCUAUAUUUGGCAAUUGGUUGCAAGUUGGCAAUGACCUCAAUCACCGUCUUCUAGCUUCAAUGUCACAAAACUAUGGUCCCGUUUUCCUACUCAAACUUGGUUCCAAAAACUUGGUUGUGGUUUCCGAUGCUGCUCUUGCCACCCAAGUCCUCCACUCACAAGGUGUUGAAUUUGGUUCUCGCCCACGAAACGUUGUGUUUGAUAUCUUCACUGGAAAUGGACAAGACAUGGUGUUCACUGUGUACGGUGAUCACUGGCGCAAAAUGCGUAGAAUAAUGACUCUGCCAUUUUUCACCACCAAGGUUGUUCAGAAUUAUAGUAUCAUGUGGGAAGAAGAGAUGGACUUGGUAGUGCGUGACCUCAACAAUAACGAAAAAGUGAGAAGCGAAGGGAUAGUUAUAAGAAAACGUCUUCAGCUUAUGCUGUACAAUAUCAUGUACAGGAUGAUGUUUGAUGCUAAGUUUGAGUCUCAAGAGGACCCUUUGUUCAUUGAGGCCACACGAUUUAACUCUGAGAGAAGCCGUUUGGCACAGAGUUUCGAAUAUAAUUACGGAGAUUUUAUACCAUUGCUCAGGCCAUUUUUGAGGGGUUACCUCAACAAGUGCAAGGACUUGCAAACUAGAAGGUUGGCAUUUUUCAACACAAACUACGUUGAGAAAAGAAGAAAAAUAAUGGCUGCAAAUGGGGAGAAGCAUACGAUAAGGUGUGCAAUUGAUCACAUCAUAGAUGCUCAGAUGAAGGGAGAAAUCAGUGAAGAGAAUGUGAUAUACAUAGUAGAAAACAUUAAUGUUGCGGCAAUAGAGACAACAUUAUGGUCCAUGGAGUGGGCAAUAGCAGAGUUGGUCAACCAUCCAAACGUUCAAAGCAAGAUUCGUGAUGAGAUAUCAAAAGUGCUUAAAGGGGAGGCAGUUACAGAAUCCAACCUACAUGAACUACCAUAUUUACAAGCCACGGUGAAAGAGACAUUAAGAUUGCAUACCCCAAUUCCUCUGUUAGUGCCACACAUGAACCUAGAAGAAGCAAAACUUGGAGGCUAUACUAUUCCAAAAGAGUCUAAGGUUAUAGUGAAUGCUUGGUGGCUUGCCAACAAUCCAGCAUGGUGGAAAAACCCAGAGGAAUUCAGGCCAGAAAGGUUCUUGGAAGAGGAAAGUGAGACAGAAGCAGUUGCAGGAGGGAAGGUUGAUUUUAGGUUCUUGCCAUUUGGUGUUGGAAGAAGGAGUUGCCCUGGGAUCAUACUUGCAUUACCAAUACUUGGAUUGGUGAUAGCAAAGUUGGUGUCAAAUUUUCAGCUGAAUGCUCCACCAGGGACUAACAUAGAUGUGAGUGAAAAAGGAGGCCAAUUUAGCUUGCACAUUGCCAACCACUCCACUGUGUUGUUCCAUCCAAUUAGUAAAUGA